UUGUGUUUUUACGGGAUUCAGGGCGUUAGGAAUAUUUUGACGAUGAAGAGGAAAUUGGAAUCUUCGGGGGAGGCCUCCCAAUCCCGAAUUGUACAAAUUAACGAUCACCAAUUAUCUAACUUCUGUAAGAAUGAAAUCAGUACUGCGAAGUACAGCGUAUGGACGUUUAUACCAAAGUUCCUUUAUGAACAGUUCCGACGUUAUGCUAACAUAUUUUUCCUAGCGAUAGCAUUGCUGCAGCAAAUUCCCGGUGUAUCACCUACUGGAAGGUUUACUACACUAGUGCCACUAUUGAUCAUCCUAACGGUUUCUGCAAUAAAGGAGAUGAUAGAAGACUUGAAGAGACAUUACGCAGAUGACGCCACGAACAAAAGCAAAACACUGGUCUUACGUGAAGGUGAAUGGGUGGAAACUAUGUGGAAAGAUCUUAUGGUCGGUGACCUGGUGAAAGUUUGCAACAACCAGGAGAUCCCGGCUGACCUGGUUUUACUGGCAUCCAGUGAACCCCAAGCUAUGUGCUACAUUGAGACGAGCAAUCUAGACGGCGAGACGAAUCUAAAACUACGCCAGGGUUUGCCUCAGACAGCAGAUCUUUUGACUGCCGGAUCUUUGGGCGCUUAUCGAGGGUGGGUGGAAUGUGAACUGCCCAACAGAAAGCUGGAAGAGUUUGUUGGUGUACUCCGGGCGUUUGAUGGAGUACGAUACCCCUUGAAACCCAAUCAGUUACUGAUACGUGGUGCUUCUUUGAAGAACACAAAAUGGGUAUUUGGUUUGGCCGUCUACACCGGGAAGGAAUCGAAAGUCAUGCUCAACUCUACAUCCCGUCCACUGAAACAGUCCACCGUAGAACGUCAGACAAACACUUAUAUUUUAUUUCUUUUCGGCGUGUUGCUCUUCCUCACCUUGUUCACCUUUUUUGCGAAUCUCGUUUGGACCCGAUGGAAUGAACCAACAAUGUGGUACCUAGACGGUAAAGUCACAGACGCAUCUGCAUUGCGGAUCGUGUUGGACCUUAUCACUUGCUUAAUUUUGUAUAAUACUGUGAUUCCGAUCAGUCUGCCGGUGAUGCUCGAAGUUGUACGGUUUAUACAAGCUUUGUAUAUAAAUUGGGAUUUGGAUAUGUAUGAUCCGGACACGGAUACUCCAGCAAUGGCUCGCACAUCGAAUUUGAACGAAGAACUUGGCCAGGUUCGGUAUUUAUUCUCUGAUAAAACGGGAACACUAACUCGCAACGUCAUGGAGUUCAAACGCUGUUCGAUCGGUGGUGUCAUGUACGGAAAUGACACGGAGGAUUCGAACGCAAUGAAUGACAGGGCACUGUUGAAACGAUUGAAAGCAAAUGACCCGUUAGCUAAACAUUUUUUCACCGUUCUGGCACUUUGUCACACGGUUGUACCGGAUGCCCAUUUGGAGGAUCCAGAACUGCCACUCACUUAUCAGGCUUCAUCACCAGACGAGGCUGCUUUGGUCAAGGCGGCCCGCGCAUUAGGUUUUGUCUUCACAACACGAACGCCAUCGGGAGUGUCAAUCAGAGUGGAUGGAAAAGAGUUGCACUACGAAGUCCUGCAAGUAUUGGAAUUCACAAGCUUCCGUAAGCGAAUGGGGGUGGUGGUUCGUGAUCCGAGGGGGCGUAUCCUAGUCCUAGUCAAGGGAGCGGAUACGGUGAUCUUCGAACGUUUGGCCAAGAACUGUCAAUACCAAGAAGCUACCCUUGAACAUCUUGAAAUAUUUGCGAGAACCGGCCUGCGAACUUUAUGCAUCGCGUCUGCCGAGGUGUCAAGUGAAUUUCAUGCAGGCUGGUCCAAAGAAUACUACGCGGCAAGCACUGCGAUAGACCGUCGUGAAGAGCGGCUUGAACAAGUGGCUGAGGCGAUCGAAAAAAAUUUGCAUCUGCUCGGUGCAACCGCCAUCGAAGACAAACUUCAAGAGGGAGUUCCUGAAACAAUCGCCAAUCUCAUUCAGGCUGGUAUAUCUGUGUGGGUUUUGACUGGAGAUAAACAGGAAACCGCGAUCAAUAUUGGCUAUUCUUGUCGUCUACUAAGCCCAGUUUUGGAUCUCCUCACUGUGAACACCGAAUCGUUAGAUGAAACUCGAACGAAAUUACGUGAACUUGUGGAAUUGUUUGGUCCCAAUCUCCGUUCAGAAAAUGAUGUCGCGUUGAUUGUUGACGGUCACGUAAGCUAUUCUUGUCGUCUACUAAGCCCAGUUUUGGAUCUCCUCACUGUGAACACCGAAUCGUUAGAUGAAACUCGAACGAAAUUACGUGAACUUGUGGAGUUGUUUGGUCCCAAUCUCCGUUCAGAAAAUGAUGUCGCGUUGAUUGUUGACGGUCACACUCUUGAGUUCGCCUUAAGUUGUGAAUGUCGAAAGGAUUUCGUGGAGGUCGCCCUAUCCUGUCGGUCUGUGAUAUGCUGCAGAGUCAGCCCAUGGCAGAAAGCAGAGUUGGUCAGACUCGUUCGAACGUCCGUGAAAGAUGCGGUCACUCUCGCAAUCGGGGAUGGAGCCAAUGAUGUCGGUAUGAUUCAGGCUGCUCACGUUGGCGUGGGAAUCAGUGGAAUGGAAGGCAGACAGGCUGCGUGUGCCUCGGACUAUGCAAUCGCUCAGUUCCGUUUUCUGAACAAACUGUUACUGGUUCAUGGUGCUUGGAACUACAAUCGGCUGACAAAACUCAUUCUCUAUUCGUUCUAUAAAAAUGUUUGCCUGUAUCUGAUUCAGUUCUGGUUCGCUAUUCUCAGCGGAUUCUCCGGGCAGAUCAUUUUCGAACGAUGGACUAUCGGUUUGUACAAUGUGCUGUUCUCUGCCGCUCCGCCGAUGGCCUUGGGUCUGUUCGAUCGAAGCUGUAGUGUACGCAACUGCCUAUUGUAUCCGGAGCUCUACAGAGAUACACAGGCAUCAGCUUCUUUUAACCUGAAGGUGUUCCUUUGCUGGAUCCUGAAUUCCGUGUUUCACUCAGCCAUCCUAUUUUGGAUACCUCUGGCUGCUUUCAGUUCCAAUACACUCUACUCUAGUGGACACUCGGCUAGCUUGUUGGUUCUCGGUAAUUCUGUCUACACCUAUGUCGUCGUUACGGUUUGUCUCAAGGCCGGCCUUGAACACACCGCGUGGACAUGGCUUUCACAUUUGGCCAUCUGGGGCAGCGUCGCCACGUGGUUUCUCUUCUUAGUAGUAUACUCACACUUCUAUCCGACACUUCCUUUGGCCUCAGAUAUGGUUGGUAUGGAUUCUGCUGUCUAUGGAUGUUGGGUGUUCUGGAUGGGGUUGAUUCUCAUUCCAUCGUUCUGCCUAACGCGGGAUGUUGCCUGGAAAAUGGCCAAACGUAGCUUCGCCGGGUCAUUACGCGAACAAGUCAUGCAGAUGGAACAAAUGCAUGUGGAUCCUGGGAGUAUGAUCAGAGCCAGCCUGAAGUCAAAAGUUGUGAAAAAAUCGGGCAUAUUGCGAGCUUUCCGCCGUACAAGGGGUUCGGAGGCGCUACUUAACCUAUGUCCAGGAGCAACUGUUGAACGUACACGAACACUCUCCGGUCCUCAGACGGUCGGUCAAUCGGACCAUGGCUACGCGUUUUCACAGGAGGAACGUGGUGUUGUUCGGCAGUCCGAUCUUAUUCGCGCGUACGACUCAACCAUAGGGAAACCGGAAGGCCGGUGAUAUGUUGCCAAAAUCUUUCUACCCUUAUCCACCUCCGUCUGAGCUUCAUCUGUCCUCCGCUAUUCCAAUCAUACAUAUUUCGAUGUGCAAUUCGCCUCCGGUCCAGUCUGAGAACAUACGUUCACAGCCUUUUAGCGCUGUCAUUUAGGCAAUCAUUUUCAGCAUUCAGACCAUUCAUUACCUCUCGUGUUCAUAUCAAGUACAUUUAUGUCACAUACUCUGCUACGCAUUGCUUUCGCCACUUUUAUAUCUUGCAAAUAGCUUUGUUUCCUCUCGCAUUGCCCAUCCACCGAUUUCUUGUCUUGGUGCACUUUUUGGUCUUUUGUGAACAGCACAUACAUAUCUGAUUGCUGCUUGCAUGCACCCAACCCUGGAACGUUGGUGCACAGAUAGAUGUCUACAUCAGUAUCGCUCCCAAUCCACCCUUGCCUCUUGUGUUUGGUUUCCUGAUUUCCCCGUUCCAAACUGACGUGUACCCUUGAAAGUGUUGUGCGCCAUUGAUGAACUGUUCUUCUGUAACUGUCUGACACUUGUAUUUACAUUUAUUUCAAGCAGCUAUUCAUUCCUCGUCCAUGCACUAUUUUGUUAGCACUGACGUCGGAUUUUUCUGGCUCUGUGGGUAUGGUGAAUCUCCUGUCAAAU